UGAAGUUUCCCUUUCAGUUGGGUUGGUGAGAGUCGACUCGGCACUAUGGCUGAUGAGGUCGCCAAGGCGCAAACUGCUCAACCUGGAGGAGAUACGAUUUUUGGCAAAAUAAUUCGUAAGGAGAUUCCUUCUAAGAUAAUCUACGAAGAUGACCAGUGCAUAGCCUUCCAUGAUGUGGCUCCGCAGGCUCCUACUCAUUUUCUGGUAGUCCCCAGAAAACCCAUUCCUCAAAUCUCGAAAGCUGAGGACUGUGAUGAAGCACUUCUUGGACAUUUGUUGCUUGUUGGCAAGAAAUGUGCUGAGCAGGUGGGAUUGACCAAUGGCUACCGGAUGGUGGUGAAUGAAGGCCCUGAUGGGGCUCAGUCUGUCUACCACGUCCACAUUCAUGUUCUGGGUGGCCGUCAGCUGACCUGGCCUCCAGGCUAAACGCCCCAAUCCUGAUCUCCACGUAAAGCAGCAACCACAGUUGUGGGGUUUGUCAGUAUCGUCAUGAUAAGUUCUGUAAUACGAUGUUAAUCAAUGAGAUUGUAACAGGGAAAACAAUAAAUGCUUCUCCCAACUAUCA